CUCCCUCUCUGUCCCUGUUUCGGAUAGACAGAGUAGUUGCUCCUCUCUGUCUCCCCCCUCUUCGUCUGGAUAUGGAGACCCAAGGCCCAGUGACUCCCAGCAUUCAACAUGAGCGGAUGGACGACUUCCAUACAUUGCUUAAGCCCCUUUAAGUCUCUUUUCCAAUGACCACUGAGGCUGCUGGAGUAGGCAAGACUCCCUCAAACAAGAGUUUUCUCCUUACCUGCACAGCGGGAACACAGAAGUGCUAUAUUUUUUGUUUGUUUGUUUGUUUGUUUUCUCUCUUGUUGCAGCCUCGUCUGGUGCGGCAGCCAAAGGCUCAAAACUCUGCCUCCUCCCUCUUUCUCUUUCACUCUGUUCAGCUGUCACUCUGUCUGUCAGUCUGCCUCUCAGGAUUUCCCCCUCCCUCCUUCCCUCCCACCCACCCUUUCUCUCUCUAGGGUUUCACACAGCAUCGGGAUCUAAAAAAGCUCUGAUCUUUACUCAAUCACAGGAGUGAAUUUCAUCCCACUGCUUUUUUUCAUCUGAGAAGAUGGAGGAGCAAUAAAUAGGAGGAUGCCACUUCAGCCUGAGUCAACAGCACGGGGUCAUGGAAAUAGCUAAAGGUCAUGUGUCAGCGCCACAUCAAGCCUUGACUUUAAGUUUACAAAACUAAGCAUACUUUUUUUGGGAUUGUUGUGCGGCGACAAGGAUUCUUCCAUCAUCUUUAUCUGAGACUGAGUUCACAGAGUUUAGGUGACAGUGUAUGUAUGUGUGUGUGGAGCAUUUCAAUAGAUCGGAUAUACAAUCAUGGGAAAUGCAGCAGGAAACAUGGACGUGCCUCUGGGGAAGGAGGGCAAGACAUCGUCGGCCCCUCCAGGCUCCACAGGCCCUCAGAAACAGCCUGCAGGGCCGAAGCUCCCCAUGCCACCAGAGGAAGAGCUGGAGGAACGCUUCAAUGCAGUGCUGAACACAAUGAAUCUUCCCCCAGACAAGGUGAAGAUCCUCAGUCAGUAUGACAACGAGAAGAAGUGGGAUCUGGUCUGUGAUCAGGAGCGCUUCCAAGUGAAGAAUCCUCCAUCUGCCUAUUUGGAGAAGCUGAAAAGUUAUCUCGACCAUGGAGGGGUUAGUCGAAAGUUUAAGAGGCGGGUCCAAGAAUCCACUCAGGUCCUGAGAGAGCUGGAGAUCUCCCUGAGGACCAAUCAUAUUGGCUGGGCUCAGGAGUUCCUAAAUGAGGAGAACCAAGGCUUAGAUGUUCUUGUGGAUUAUCUGUCCUUCGCCCAUUGUGCUGUCAUGUAUGACAUGGACAGUCUGGACAGCGGCACUUUGCCCACAGAGAAAGGCAGAACUACGGAGAAGUCAGUGGAAGAUCUGAGCAAAAGUGCCACCAACUCACCUACUCACAGUGCCUCGAAGGCCAGCAAGGCCUUCACAGUCAGAUUCAACUCUCUCCACAACAGGAAAGCCCUGAGGAACUCGCGCGUCGUGAGCCAGAAAGAUGACGUUCACCUCUGCAUCAUGUGUCUACGUGCCAUCAUGAACUAUCAGUCUGGCUUCAACCUAGUGAUGAACCACCCUUGCUGUGUCAAUGAGAUCACACUCAGCCUCAACAACAGAAACCCUCGGACCAAGGCUCUGGUGCUGGAGCUGCUAGCUGCCGUGUGUUUGGUGAGAGGAGGACAUGACAUCAUCUUGUCUGCCUUCGAUAACUUCAAAGAGGUGUGUGGAGAGAAAAGUCGAUUUGAGAAGCUCAUGGAGUAUUUCUGCAACGAAGAUUGUAACAUUGACUUCAUGGUGGCCUGUAUGCAGUUCAUCAACAUUGUGGUCCACUCAGUGGAAAACAUGAACUUCAGAGUCCACCUGCAGUAUGAAUUCACUCGCCAUGGUUUGGAUGAGUACCUUGAGAGGUUAAAGUUUACAGAGAGUGACCGACUGCUGGUGCAGAUCCAGGCCUAUCUGGACAAUGUUUUUGAUGUAGGAGCUCUGCUGGAGGACGCAGAGACCAAGAACGCUCUACUGGAACACAUGGAGGAACUACAAGAACACAAUACACAGCUAAGCACCAGGCUUCAGGAGAGUGAGAGGGAGGCUGUUGAGAAAGUCUCAGAUUUGGAAAAGAAGCUCAUUCAGACCACCAAAGAGGUGGAGCUCCUAAAGGAGAGUCUACGUGAAUCCUGCUCCCAAGUGACCAUGCUGCAGCAGCGGGAAAGAGAGAGAGAGAUAGAAUGCGAGAGGGAGAGAGAGAGAGAGAGGGACAGGGAUCGAUCGGCUCAGGCCCUGAGGGAGCUGGAGGUCAAAGUUCAGGCUCUGGUGGAUCAGGGGCUGGUCCGAAUGGAGCGCUCUUCCUCAGGACACCUGGAUGUUCAGGUGGUCCCUGUCAUCCAACCCGUGCCACAGACAGCUGAAAAAGAAGCCGAUACGACGGACAGCCCUGAGGCUCCGCCAACCUCCACAGAGUCCUCGCCUCCCCCUCUAGCAGCUCCUCCCCCACCACCUCCUCCUCCCCCACCCCCACCUCCUCCAGGCUCAGUGGCACCGCCUCCUCCUCCGCCACCACCCAUGGCGCCUGGGUUGGGCCCUCCACCGCCCCCGCCCCCUCCUGGAGGCGGCGCGCCCCUGUUCUUUGGAGGUUUGUCUGAUGGACGCUCAGGCUGCAGUAAAAAGAAGCCUAUUCAGACCAAAUACCGCAUGCCUUUGUUAAACUGGCAGGCCCUCAAAUCCAACCAGGUGGCAGGAACGGUCUUCAAUGAGCUGGACGACGAGCAAGUGUUAGCGGUGUUAAACAUGGACACCUUUGAGGAGCAGUUCAAAACCAAGGCCCAGACGGCCCCUGUAAACCUGGGUACCCUCAAGAUGAGAGCGGCCCACAAGACCACCAGUAAAGUGUCCCUAAUGGAGCCCAACAGAGCCAAAAACCUGGCCAUCACUUUACGCAAGGGAGGAAUGGCUGCAUCUGAUAUCUGCUCUGCCAUAGAGACGUAUAACCAAGGAGCUUUGAGCCUGGACUUCCUGGAGCUCUUGGAGCGUUUCAUCCCCACGGAGUAUGAACUGAAGCUCAUCCACAACUAUGAGUGUGAGGGCAGGCCCCUGGAUGAGCUCAGCGAGGAGGACCGCUUCAUGGUGCGCUUUGGCAAGAUCCCACGGCUGCCCCAUCGCAUCAGCACUCUCACCUUCAUGGGCAAUUUCGCUGAGAGUGUCCAGUUAAUUCAGCCUCAACUCAAUGCCAUCAUUGCUGCAUCAAUGUCACUCAAAUCUUCCAGCAAGCUGAAGAAGAUUCUUGAGAUCAUUUUAGCAUUUGGAAACUACAUGAACAGCAGCAAACGGGGCGCAGUUUAUGGCUUCCGCCUGCAGAGUUUGGAUUUGCUGUUGGACACCAAAUCUACAGACCGCAAACAGACCUUGCUGCACUUCAUUGCCAACAUCAUUCAGGAGAAAUACCCAGAGCUCCAGUCCUUCCACACCGAGCUGCACUUCAUGGACAAGGCUGCUCUGGUGUCUCUCAACAGCAUUGUGCAGGAUGUGCGAGCUCUGGAGAAGGGCAUGGAGAUGACCAGGAAGGAGUUCACCAUAGAGGAAGACAACCCUGUGCUGAAAAACUUUCUCAGCAGUAACAAUGAGCUGCUGAACUCUGUCGUAGCCGAUGGCAAGACUGCCCAGGAUGCCUAUGACUCAGCUGUGGAGUAUUUUGGAGAAAAUCCGAAAACGACUCCACCCUCCAUGUUCUUCCCCGUUUUUGUCAGGUUCAUCAAGGCAUACAAGCAAGCCGAGCAGGAGAAUGAGCAGAGGAAAAAACAUGAUGCUCUGAACAGUGAAGCUCCGCCAACUCCACCGAAGCCAGAAGUAACGGCAAAGGUAGAUUCUUCAAAUGUGAGGCGGAGUAGUGGUAGCCUAAAGGUUUCUGUGACGUCCAAGCUGCAGCAGAUGGAUCUGAUAGCAGAGCUGAAGAGGCGACAGGUGACUCCCCUGGUCAGGGAGGGCAAGGACGGGGCCAUCGAGGACAUCAUCACAGACCUGAGGAACCAGCCUUACAGACGGACAGACGGAGGCAGGCGCAGCGCCAAGUGGAAACCAGGACAGCAGCUCCAUGUAUCCUCAGACAUCUCCCUCUGAAACACCACAGACUCCACUAAACACUCGGUUUACACACGCACAGUGGAUUUUUUUUUUUCAACACUUUGUGGCGCGGAUCUUAUCGCCUGACUCCUGUUUAAAAACGCAGAGAUAAAGUCAGACUUUCCCCUGUUUGGACAGUAAUGACAAGAUCAGAUUUGCACCCCAAGGGGUUGAAAGUGACAUGUUGUGUUCUUUUGUAAAUGCACACACACACACACACAUGCACACACACACACAAAACAUACCUCCCUAUAGCUUUUGCACAUUACACUGUGAGGUAUCCUUAAACAGCUUGUGUAUUUGUGGUUCAGACCCACAACACCCACUUUCACAGCAUACACACCAUUUCCAUAAAAAAAACAUUCAUGUAUACUGUAUAGCAAAUGAACUAUUUAUGGAGAGAGUAGGCUGCCACUGGUUGAUUUUAGUAUUGUAUGUAUUGUAGGUGAGUUUAAUGAGAAAAUGUUACAGGUAGGGGAUACUGGCUUUACAUGGUGCUAAUGACGCUGGAUGUCCUGUGAGCGAGUUAACAUCAUAAUUUUGGCUUGAGCUCGAGCUGAUGCAUAACAAAAAGAGAGGAAACAAAUGUGGAAACAAACGAUCUACAUGAGUGGUUCAUUAAUACUACUCAGGCAGCAAUGAGAAGACUGAUGAUUUUUGGCCUCAGUUAAAAGUGCAACUUGAAAGGCGUUCAAAAACCCAUAACAGGCCACUCAUAAAUAAUUUUGAUAGUUUACAUAAAACGUCCAAAACGUGUUUUAUUUAUUGGUUCUAUUAUAAAUGGAAUAUUAACUGCAGUUGUACAUCUUUCUGUCCUGUUGUAAGUCUAAAAAAAAAAAAAAAAAAAAAAAAAGAAAUGCUUAAGAUUUGUAAUAUAUUUAAAUUAUUUUUAAUAUUGAAGUAUAUGAAUUCAUAAAUCUUGCUUCUGUUUUUGGCAUUGGAACAAAUAAAAAUUUUAUACAGUUCUCGCUUUAGUGCAUUUUGUAAAUGAAGAGUAAGAGAUCUUAAAUUUGAAAUAUGGUGUAUCGUGCACUUCACUUUGUCCUCCGGCGGCAGUAAAAGCACGCUGAGGGCUCGCACACCCUGUAAGUGGGGAGUGUCAGCCCGCUCCAUUUAACACUGGAGAUUUUUCAAUAAAGCACCUCUUUGACAA